AUGGCGAUAGCCUGCAAGUGCAGCCCCGCGGUGAGGCUGCUGCCGAACCCGAUCACGGCACAGCUCCUGGGCGGCAGGAGCCACGGAAGAUGCAGAUGCAGAAGCCUUGCCGUUCACGCGCAGCUCCCGACCGAGGAUGAGUACCCCGCUGAGUCACCGAAAAGGGUCCAGGUUACACAGAGCCUCAGGAGGAGCCGCCGGAGGGGACCCGGCGCGCGGCAGAGCCUGAUCUCCGUCGGGACGUCGCGCGGCGGAGGGGAUGAGUGGAGCAGCGACUUCGAGCUGACGCUCCGGCAGCUGAGGCUGGACGACCUGAUCGAGGACGGGCAGGGCGACGCCGACGUCCUGGUGCACCUUCUGGUCCAGCAGCACACCCAGUUCGGAAUGUCGAUCAAAGGGCGAGUGGUCACAUCGCUCACCAAAAUAUGCGAUUCCUGCUCCGCCCCAUACUGCACAAAGAUUGAUGAGCAAUUCGACAUCACGGUGCUGUCUUCCUCCAGGAAGGAUCAGAGCGGGUUGCCUGAAAUCGGAGACAGCGAUCCGUCAGUCAUCUACGUGAAGCCAGGAACAGAAAUUGAUAUCGACUCGUCAAUCCAGGAGACAAUACGACUAACAGCGUCAGCCAAGAGUUCAUGUUCGGAGGCGUGUGAGAAGUCUCCUGUCGUGUGGAAACGUAAGUGCUAA